AUGCUAAUCCAUUUGUUUCUUUAUUACAUCAUAGCAUCUACCCAAGCCGGUCUAUAAAAAGAGAGAGACAGGUGCACCGUUCUAUUUUGCAGAAUUAGCCACCUACUUCACCAAGGCAAACUUCUCUCUAAGCAGUGUUUGCCCAUCUGGGAUAAAUCCCCUGGCCAGAGAUUUGGCUGCAUCCGAGACCUCCAGCGCUGAUCUCCUGCUUCCCGAUCACCAUGAGGGCUUCUUUCGCUGUCUGCAUCCUCACUGCUCUCCUGGCUAUGGGGGCCUGUCUGCAGUGUGAGGUUUGCGAUGGACCAGGAACCAGCUGCACGGGUGACCUACGGACCUGCCUUGAUGGGGAAGACACUUGUGGCAUCGCUCUGACAAAAGUGACAUGGGUGGGAAUUAAGACCCAGAGCAUUCUCAAGGGCUGUGUGACAUCCAGCCAAUGUAAAGCUGGCCCCGUCUCUAUGAAUUUUGGGAACGGAAUGACAACAAGGAUGAGCAUCGCCUGCUGCGUGGGAGACACCUGCAGAACAACCACCGUUACAGUGUCCCCGGCUGCCACCAAACCGAAUGGCCAGAGCUGCCAGGGCUAUUAUGUGUUGAAUGCUGGUCAAUGCAACGAGCAGACCACAGAGUGUGCUGGAUCCGAGACCCAGUGUCUUGACGCCCGCUGGGACAGUAACGAUUGCCCCUCUGUGAUCAAUCCCCUGGCUGGAGAUUUGGCUGCUCAGACUCCAGUGCUGAUCUCCUGCUUCCCCAUCACCAUGGAGGCUUCUCUUGCCAUCUGCAUCCUUGCUGCUCUCCUGGUGACAGGGUCUUGCUUGCAAUGUGAGGUUUGUGCAGGCCAAGGAACCAGCUGCACGGGCGCCAUGCAGACCUGCCCAGCUGGGCAGGACUCUUGUGCCAUCGCUCGGACACUAACCACAUUGGCGGGAGUGAACAUCCAGAGCAUUCACAAGCACUGUGUAACAUCCAGCCAAUGUAAAGCCGGCCACGUCUCUAUGAAUUUUGGGCUGGGAAUGAUGACGAGGACGAGCAUCGCCUGCUGCAUGGGAGACACCUGCAAAGCAACCAUUGUUAUAGUGCCCCCAGCUGACACCAAACCCAAUGGCCGGAGCUGCCGGGGCUGCUACUCUCUGUCCUCUGAGCAAUGCCGCGAAGAGACCAUGCAGUGCACUGGAUCCGAGACCCAGUGUCUUGACCCUGCUGGGACCAUAACAUUUGGUGGAAACCCAACCCAGAUGGUGAUGAAGGGCUGCGUUUCCCAGUCCAUCUGCGACCACCUACAAGUGGGUUCGGGGACUGUUGCAGGGAUCCAUGCAAAUCUAACCAUGGCCAAAUGCACAAUGGUCACCGGCAUGGCGGGCGCGGCUCCGAGACCAGUCGGGCUCCUCCUCCCGGCCCUAGCUGGGCUUCUCCCGCUGAUGCUUCUCUCCUGAUUCCCCACCUGGUGCAAUAGCACCACUGCACUGAAAUCCACCCUGCAGCCUGCGUUAGCUGCUCUCUUCCCCCCCCC